AUGAAUGCGCCCGUGAUGGUGACCCUUGAGGGCGAGACGGACCCCCUCUUAAUCGCUGAGAAGGAGCUCAUUCAGCGUGUCAUCCCGUUUGUCAUCCGCCGCUUCCUGCCAGACAACACGUACGAGGAUUGGAAGGCCCGCUGCGGAAACGUCCUACACCCUUGGCCCUUGGCCAUGCGAUCUGAUGAGUCCGGGAAGAAAGAGCUUCCAGUGGCCGCCCCGCCAGAGGCCAGAGAGGUCAGUUUGAGCAUUGCAGUCCAGAUUGUGCUGCGGAACUUGAUCUUCCAGUCGAUGCUAAUGCCAGUAGCGGGUUCCUGCUAUGCACGUCGUCGGCCAUUCUGGAAGGCGGAGACGCGCCGUGAGCUUCCGGCCCGACGUGUGUCCGAGUUGAAGCCGUUGCCUUGUAAUGCCAGACCUGCAAGGGGCCGGUCACCACCAGCGUCAACCAGGUGCCUAAGCAAGGAGUCGCAGCCCAAAGCAGAGGAGGCGAACAAGCCUGAGGAGUCAACCUCCCCACUGGCUGCCAAGCAGCGGCAAGCCAUGGCAAUGCGAAAGCUGCACAAGACAGCUGAAAUCUACAACGCACCUGUCACUGUGGGACACACCUUCAGGAGAAAGCUUCCGCUAACGCUGAAUCACUCCGGAAGGCCGCGGGGCACUUCGCUCCCCCCAGUGCUACAGCAGGAGACUGCGGGUCCAGAGUCCGCCUCGAGGCAGAACACCGCAACCUCGCAGGAUGCGAAGGCUCUCAGCGGCUCCAGGACCUCCGUGCUGCCCCAGGCCGACCCGUUGCCACGGUCGGAGUCAGAGACUGCCAAGGUCGUGGAGGAGCAGCGCGAUACAAGCAGACCUGGCGUGGCCCUAGGUGCCACUGUGCGGCAUGACGAUGAUGUUCCCUUGAGCGAGCUCUUCCGACAAGGUUGGGAGCGCGCCCAGCAGGAAGCACGCAACGCAGGGCAGGAUCAGCCACAGGCGGGUGCCAGCCCGACAGCAACAUCCAGUGUCAACCCCACUCAGCCCCAAGCACCCAGUGGGAAGCUUCCGAUCUCGGCCAGUGCGACUGUUCGACAUGCGGAAGGCAUUCCGUUGAGUGCCCUCUUCCGCCAAGGCUGGGAGCAGGCUCAGCAGGAGGCCGCUAAGAACGGCAAAACCUUGCCUGGGGCCUCCUGUAGUGGAAACGAGCCAGAAUCACUGCUAGAACGUUGCUUGAGCCCUUUGGAGCUUUUUGCCGCCAUGCGACAGAAGUACAAGAAGGGGAAGCAAGGGAAGCCAAAGAAGGUUUUGGGACAAGAUCAUACACCUAGCAACAAGGCACACCGCAACAGUGCAGGUUCCUCCAAGGCAAAGCUUCGGAAACCAAAGCGUCCAAAGCAAGCGAAGAGCGCCCCAAAGCGCAAAGCCACGGAGCUUGAUGAGGGGGACGAGGAUGUGGGGGUGAGCUAUCCUCCCGGUGUCAGCGAGGAGGAUGUCAAAAGAGCUGAGGAGUACCGUAAAAAGCACCGCAUUGUGGUGAAGGGCGUCUGCCCACCUCCCUUCGAAUCCUUCGAAAGCGCCGAGGGCUGCAUUGGCGUGGAGCUCGUCGAGGCGAUGUUCCAACUGGCUUUUGACGCACCCACACCGGUCCAAGCCCAGGCAUGGCCUGUGGCUGGAAGGGGCCAGGACUUGGUGGCUAUUGCCGAAACUGGCAGUGGCAAGACCUGCGCGUACCUGCUUCCGAUCAUGGCGCGCAUUGCAAAGACUGGCGUCAAGCAGAAAAUCCUUCAAGGGGCGGGCAAAGAUGACCGCCCUCCUGCGCAGCCGCAUGCGCUCAUCUUGGCACCAACCCGCGAGUUGGUUCAACAGAUCUGCGAAGAGGCACUGAACUUUACAGAUGGGGACGACGUUCGUCCCAUGGGUAUCUAUGGAGGCGUGCCCAAAGGGCCGCAAGUGUCAGAGCUGAAAUCAGGCAUUGACUUGCUUGUGGCCACGCCUGGUCGACUGCGCGACUUCAUGACGGGCGACCCUAAGAAGGGGGCAUCUCCAGUUGUGACCGUCGAGACAGUUACUUAUGUUGUUUUGGAUGAGGCAGACCGGAUGCUUGACAUGGGCUUUGAGCCGGAGAUUCGCUGGAUUGUCGCGCAAUGCCCACCAGGUGGGGACUGUGAGGAUGUGCUGGCUGGGAAGGCCAGACAGACUCUUUUCUUCAGCGCAACUUGGCCAAAGGAAGUGCGCAAGAGCGCACUGCAUCUUACAAGAAGUGCGGUGCAAAUCCAAGUGGGUCAGGGCGUUGGGAAGCUGGCGACCAACACCAACAUCAAGCAAACCGUCAGCCUUGUGAGGGACCAGGACAAGCUCAUUGAGCUCAAGCGAGUCCUGGCUUCGCAUCUGAAACCUGGCGAGACCGCUUUGGUUUUUGCUGGGAGGAAGGGCACCUGCGAUGCCCUGCAGCAGGAGCUCACGUGGGAUCCCUUGAAGCCAGACGCCCCUGUUUGCGCUUGGUGCCGGGCGCUUCAUGGCGACAAGGAUCAAGCCGAGCGCAACAAGGCGCUUUCCGCCUUCCGUGCUAUGACAGAGACACCACGAAAAGGGCAAAAAGGCGUCCUUGUAGCAACUGAUGUAGCAUCGCGCGGGCUGGACAUUCCGGGCGUUGCUCUCGUGGUGAUCUUCGACUACGCGGAAUCCAGCCAUUCGCCGCAGGAGGCAGCCGAGUCCUACAUCCACCGGAUAGGACGCACAGGACGAGCUGGCAAGGAGGGAAGAGCGAUCACCUUCUUUGAUCCUGAUAAGGAUUCCGGCGCUUCGCAGCUGAUAAGCCUCUUGCAGUCCACCAACCAGGCGGUUCCGCUGGAGCUACAGCAGCUGGCUGCCAACCCUCAGAACAAGGGGAAGCUUUCCAAGAAGGAAAGAAGGGCGGCCAAGAAAGGCAAGGGCCGCGGCAAAGGCAAGAGCCCAAAGAAGAAGUUUGAGAAGAAGCAACGCCGUGGAAAGAAGGGGCAGGAGCAAAAAAAGCUUGCCGUGGUUCCCAAGCGAACGUUGGGCAGGGUGUCGACACUCAAGCAAGUCUCUCAUGCUUCCGAUGGCGCUUGGCAGGGUUACAUCAUAGUGGCUACUGUUUCAUUCCCCAGCCAGACGGCCAUGACCUUGACCUGCCUCGAGGGAGUCAACUCGCUUCUGAGGGAGGCAGCUGGCUGUGUGGCGACGACGGCCUGGGCAUGGGAUCUCACGCCGGAGGACUGUCGUCCAGAGAACAUUGCCCCGCUCAUGGGCAGCAACUGGCAGAAAAAUCAGAAGGCGCAAGAAGUCAGUGAUGAGGCGAAGGAGUCGGACCCGGAGUCCAUGGUGGAGGUGAUCUACGACCCCGACUGGGAUGUUUACUACGACCCUGAAACGCACGAGUACUUCGAGCUGAUCGAGGAGGAGCUGCAGAAGUGA